AUGCACCAGAUUAUGCCGUGUACUUUGAUCCGACAUCUAAGGCGUGGAGAAUGAAAUGGAAGUGGACUGACGGAGCAGAGCCGGAGUGCUUGCAGAACACUGUCGCACAGUACAGGGUGCCGUGUGACGCUCGCCGUGAAUUUGACGAUGAACUCAAACGUUGGGUGGAGCAGGGCUGGCUUAUUCCCUACAACGAGUCAGAGCUUGGCCCACCAAAGGGUCUGGUGCCUUUAAUGGCAGUUCGACAAAAGAACAAAUCGAAAGUGAGACCUGUGCUUGACUAUCGUGAACUGAACAAUUACUUGACAGCUCACACAGCUGACGCAGACGUCUGUGCGGACCAACUGAGGAAGUGGCGACGACAUGGCGAAAACGUUGCGGUCGUAGAUCUACGUCACGCGUAUUUGCAGAUUCAGGUUGACCGCCAGCUGUGGCCGUUUCAGACGGUGAUGAUCGAAAACCAGAGACAUUGUUUGACACGGCUCGGUUAUGGAUUGUGCGUGGCUCCGCUCGUCAUGAAGGCGGUGAUUCGGACGGUUCUGGAACGUGACGCGGACGUAAACCGGGCAGUGCUUCCGUACGUGGACGAUCUGCUGGUGAACGAGGACAUUGUUAGCGCAGAGCGAGUGGUGGCUCAUCUGGCGAACUUUGGUCUCGAGUGCAAGCCUCCAGAGCGGGCGGCAGGCGGUGCGCGUCUGCUCGGUCUGCGAGUCUCACGGGAGCUUGGCAGGCUGGUGUGGAGCAGAGACAACCCAGUCGGACCACCACCGGCUGUGCUCACGCGCCGUGGAGUGUUCUCGUGGUGCGGACGCCUGAUCGCUCACAUGCCCGUGUGUGGUUGGCUCCGCCCUGCCGUGGCCUGGCUGAAACGACGCGUGAAUGACGUCACACAAGGAUGGGAUGACAUCACCUACGACGGAGUUCUGCAGAAGCAGAUUAGUCAUGUCGCGGCUCGUUCACCAGCAGAUCGUCCACGUACGGAAGCACUGCCCGGUUUACGUCCGCGUCACGUUCCAGAACCGUCCGAAUCACCGCCUUCAUGACGAGCGGAGCCACGCACAAUCCAUAACCGAGCCGUGUCAAACAAUGUCUCUGGUUUUCGAUCAUCACCGUCUGAAACGGCCACAGCUGGCGGUCAACCUGAAUCUGCAAAUACGCGUGACGUAGAUCUACGACCGCAACGUUUUCGCCAUGUCGUCGCCACUUCCUCAGUUGGUCCGCACAGACGUCUGCGUCAGCUGUGUGAGCUGUCAAGUAAUUGUUCAGUUCACGAUAGUC